CGGUUUCCAGUGGCGUGACGGAGGAAGAAGACGCCGCCGCAGCUCGAACGGGGUUCAGCAAUGGUCAUCCAUCUUCAACAAAGUUCUGCUGCUGAGACAAUUCCGCAGUCUCCCUCGCAUCCGUCAACUGUUUCUCCACGCGACGAGGAUGCGAGAGUAACUCGCGGUCACUUUCGCAUUACCAGGAGCAACCGAAACGGGAUAAACCCUCUCGCUUGGCUGUCCCGUUAGCAGAAAGUUCGCUCUUUUCUGUCACCGUAUACGCCAAGAGUUGAUUUGGUCUCCCUCGCUCUGCGCUUCGGUGCAGGGGAGCGCGGCUUCGCUGAAAGAUCCCAACACCUCUGGUUGGUAGUUGCUACGAAAUAAUUUAGUGCGAGUCCAGUAAUGCGCAUAUAUGGAAAGGAUAAAAAGGAGAGCAAGUCUUCGUUCCGAGGCGCGCAGGGUCUGCUCUCAUCCUUCCCUGUUGUCAGUUCCGAGCUCAAUAUUUUUUGCCUAACAUACAGAAGUUUGGUUGACCGAUGAGGCAUUAAAUUCGGCGGGAAGAGGCAGCAGCUCCAUCCGACGGUCGGUCUUCCAAGUUAGAAUAACGUUCUCUUCUCCCGUGGCCCUAGCGUUUGCUUGGGGCUUUGGGCUUCGGAAACCUCGAUUGCGGCGGCGAGGAAGGUUGGGAGAGCAAGCAACGGGGUUUAGGAGGAGAAAGUUGUGAUCUUUUCGGGGGGAAAAGAGGGUUUGAAUCGGUCUCCUGAUGGCACUGUCCGGAGGGGGUUUUGAGGUUGGUAUCCUGCUCCUUGGUUGUAACAGUUGGUGGUAGUCUCAGGUUAAGAGCUUUUCUUUUCGUUGCGCAAGGAUGUCAUCGUCUCCUUUGCUAUCCCGCAAGGGCCGCCACCAGCAGCGGUAUGACAACCAGCGCCGGCUUGUCGCAGGAUGUAUUCCUUACAAGCUAAAUAGAGAAGAUGAUACUCAAUCUGAUGAUUUGCUUGAUAGAGUGGAAGUCCUCAUGAUAUCUUCUCCAGGUCGAUAUGAUCUCAUCUUCCCGAAGGGUGGAUGGGAGACUGAUGAGACUGCAGGUGAAGCAGCGUGCCGUGAAGCUUUGGAAGAAGCAGGAGUAAGGGGCAUUUUGAAUGAUACUGUCCUAGGUGUUUGGGAGUUUAGAAGCAAGAGCACACAGGAUACCUGUAGCCUAGAAGGAGCUUGUAGAGGUUACAUGUUUGCCUUGGAGGUCACUGAGGAGUUAGAAUGCUAUCCAGAGAAGGACUGUCAUGAGAGGAAAUGGGUUCAUUUGGCAGAAGCCUAUAAACGUUGUCGAUACGAUUGGAUGCGUGAAGCUCUGAAUUCAUUCAAAAAUCUUCUGACAGGAAAACCUGUAUCGACUGUUCCUGAGUUAUCUGAGUCAUCAAGCCUCUGGAUUGUGAAGCCUAACGCCAUAGCACUGUGCUGAUGGUUCCUUGCCACACUAAACAUGCCACAUUUUGAUGAGGUUGUCCAGCAUUCAACUUCCUACCAUCGUCACCUAGUGAAGUGUUUGCUGUGUGGAGUCUCAAUCAAAUGCAUUGCUUCAAGUUGUUUUAGGUCUAUCCCUCACAAAUCUUUGAUUAACCCAAUGGCUGUGCUUGAGAAUCCAUGCCAGUUUAUGUGCAGAGUUUGGUCAUCCAGAUAUCCAUGCUACCAAAUUGUGUUGUUUAGUUGGAGGUACAUGGUAGAAGUGUCAUCGAUGUGGUGAAAGGAUCUUGUUUAGUUGUGGCUGUUAUCCUUGUUCUCUGGAUGUGGUGUUUGGUCAAUAACUUUGUUGAACUUGGUUUUGUUUGGGUGUUGGGUGUAAAUUCUUUUAUUCAGUCAUUAAACUAUGAGAUGAUGAACA